AUGGAUGAAGGGACUUAUGAAGACUUGGAGCUGAUAGGUGAUUCGGAUACGCCAGACAUAGCUGUUGACAGUUGGAACAAGAUCCUACUAGAACCAGGGAGUAAAAUUUUCUGGCCGGAUCUAUUCGAGAUGGAUGUGAGAACCCGAGAGCAACAAGAGCAAGCAGAAGGCGAGGCAGGAGGCGAGGCAGGGGGCGAGGCAAGGGGCGAGGCAGGAGUUGAGGCAGGGGGCGAGGCAGGAGGCGAGGCAGGGGGCGAGGCAGGCCGUGAGAGUGUAAAAGAGUUGGAAUUGAGAUUGAACAAGAGAAUGGAUGACGGAUUUGCAUUGAGGAAUGAAACAAUUCGUCUCUUGGUAGCACGAGUAAAGGAGUUGGAACAAGACAAGAUUCAAAGAGAAAAUUGGUCAUUCCAAUUUGGUGAAUAUGAAACAUGUGAGGCUUCAGGAGGCAAAGGAAGAGAUGCUGAGGGUGAAGAAGAAGCUGAUAAGGAUGGUAAGAAUAGCGAGUCAGAUGCCGUCACUGCAGCUGUACACACUCCUCUUCCUACUGAGACAACACCUGAAGAUGUUGAGGGUGAGGAAGAGGCUGCGAAAGAGGCUUAUGAGGUCGCUGGCAAUGAGGAUGAAGUAGGUCAGAAGGAGGGCGAGACAGAGGCUGACAAGGAGGGUGAAACUGAGGAAGGCAAGACAGAUGUGGAGGACUCGCCAUCUACUCUUCAAGUGAUGGCAGAAGCUGCGGAGAAACUCGAGAAAGAGGUUGAUGAUAAGGCUGCUGCAGAGAAAGCUGCUGCAGAGAAGGCUGCUGCUGAGUUAGCUGCUGCUGAAAAGGCAGCUAGUGAUAAGGAAAAAGUUGGUGAUCAGAAGGAGACCAGGCCAAAGAGGACCCAUAAACCUUCUCGUCCGCUCAGGUCUCCGUAUCAGAAAAACUAA